AUAGUAGAUGCUUUUAGGGAAAUAUGGUAGACUAUCUAUAUAUCUAUCUAUCUCCAUAUUCAGCAAUAUGGUCUGAUCUAAGGUGGUUUAAAUUUAUAUUAAAUGGUGUGACAAUAUAAUAAAUGCACAUGCACCACAUACAACUAACUACACACUACCUCACCUGUUUAUAUUUACUACUACUCUCUCCCCCACUCUUUAUAUACCCUCCCUUCCCUCCUUUGCUUCAAUUCACUCCCAUCAUCUUCAACUCUUCUUUAGUUUCAUUUGUCUAAAGAUUGAUGAGAAUGGAGAGAAGUAGCAAACAUGGUUCUCUGCUCCUAUGGGCUACAAUGGCUGCUUUGCUCUCUCAGAAUUUGGUCGUCAUUCCUGCCAUUGCCGCCGCUGCUUUCAAUGACCAAAAGAACUAUUAUUCUCCUGAUCCCAAUAUUGGAACUCCUUCCACCCCCUCAGGUUCUCAUGGUUCCGGUGGUCACCAUGGAGGAUCAUCUUCUCAUCAUCACCACGGAGGCCACGGAGGUGGUGGUGGUAGCUAUGGAGGAGGCAGUAGUCCACCCUCAAACUGCGGCACCCCGCCGAGUGGAGGCCAUCAUGGUGGAGGUAGUCAUGGCGGCGGCGGCGGCGGUUACUAUAGCCCUCCGACUACACCUUCCACCCCAAGCUACACUCCAACUCCUCCGACCAUACCCGACAUCCCAACCCCCACCACCCCCGAUUCCCCAACCCCCAUUGUUGACUCCCCACCAACUCCAAUCGUCCCAUCUCCGCCGUUUGGAUUAGAACCAAGCACUCCCCCCUUCGGAUUCGACCCAAACUCACCACCUUUCACCUGCGAUUACUGGAAGAGUCACCCUGGAUUGAUAUGGGGGUUGGUGGGUUUCUGGGGAACUGUGGGCGGUGUAUUUGGUGUGGCCAGCGUUCCGGCAGGGGAGUUCGGAACCAACCUGAAUUUACUGCAAGCACUUUCCAACACCAGAAACGACGGCUAUGGGGAGCUCUACAGGGAAGGCACUGCUUCUUUGCUCAACUCCAUGCUUAACACCAAGAGGUUUCCUUACACCACCCAACACGUGAGGGACAGCUUCGCCGCCGCUCUCACUUCAAACACCGCCGCCGCAGCUCAGGCCAGGCUCUUCAAGUUGGCCAAUGAGGGCCGUCUCAAGCCUAGAUCACUCUGAUAAUAAUCCAAUUAUUAUUAAUAUAAGUCUUGUAAUUUUCAUCACGUACUGUAUCAGUUUCUUCAUUGCAUUGCAUUGUUUUAGCCUAGCUAGCUUCAUUUCAUCAUCCAGAUCGAUCGAAUUUCCUUUAUUAUUUUGAGUAUGUAUGCAAUAUCUAUCAGAUAGAUCAUAUCGAUCUGUCAAUUUCCAUUUAA